GCCAGAGGCUGAUGAAGCUGCGUGCUACAUUCAGUCAGCAAUCGUCGAGGCAAACGGAUGGCGAUCUCAUCAGCAGCAACUGCCUCUUAUCUGCUCAUGGCCCUCACCCACGACAGCCACAGCCACAGCCUGAGUCCAAGCGAUGGGAGUGGCAGUGGAGGGGCCGGCGACUCCGAGGACUCGCAGACAGGAGGCCGCAGGAGACGGCCACCCAGACAGAAGAUCAAUGCCAGGGAGCGCUACAGGACCUUCAAUGUCAAUGCCGCCUAUGAGGCCCUGCGCAGUAUGAUACCCACGGAGCCAAUAAAUCGCAAGCUCUCGAAGAUCGAGAUCAUCCGCCUGGCCAGCAGCUACAUCAACCAUCUGAGCAGCACACUGCAGACAGGAACCGAUUUUCAGCCUUGUCUGCUACAUAAGUACGAAAACGAGGGCGGUGGAGCAGGAGGCCACACCAGACGCAUCAGCAUCUGCACUUUCUGCCUGAAAAGCAAGUAACGGAACAAU